UUUUUAUAACUUCAAACCUACACGAAGCAGACAAAAUAGGAGUCUACCAGGGAGCUGAAGUCGCCGAUCCUCCACCAUGCGCUCCUCCUCCUCCUCUUCCAAGCAAUUCAAGCGCCACCCGUCAGCCUCCCACGCCGGCGGUGCAUCCCACAGCAUCUUUACCUCCACCAUCACCAUCUGUCCAUCCUGCAAAAGCUCCCCUUCCGCUGCUACCUUCGAUCUCCUCCUCCUCCUCCUCGCCCUAGCCUCUUCCGCUUUCCUCAUCGCCUCUUCCCUCUCCCACGUCGUCCGUUCCCUCUCACUCCUCAUCCCCUCAUUCCCUCUCCGCCAGCCACCUUUCCCUUACCUUGCCGGUUUCCUCCUUUCACUAGUUGCCUUCGCUGCUGCAGCCCAUUUCUCCUGCCGCCUCCCCCUCCCUCUCCGCCGCCGAUGCGGCAGGCCACGUUGCCUCGGCCUCAAGAAGGCCCUCGAGUUCGAUGUUCAGCUUCAGACCGAGGAGUGCAUCCGAUCGCCUGACCCUGUACAAUCCACUGCCUGGAAAGGCAUCGACGAUCUUCCCUGGAAGGGUGGACAGCAAGGGAAUAAUCCUGACUACGAGUGCCUACGCGCAGAGCUCAGGAGGAUGGCGCCGCCUAAUGGUCGCGCGGUGUUGCUCUUUCGAGCCCGAUGCGGGUGCCCCCUUUCCAAGCUCGAGGGCUGGGGUCCCAAGCGGGGCAAUCGUAGGCACAAAAAGACUUCGGCAAACUUGGCAAUUGAAUUAGGCGAAGGGUGAUCACUGCUCAACCUCCAACCUCAUAUUAAAUGCUCAUUGGCUUCAAACUCCUAUAACAAGUUUAUCAUGUUCAUAGUGAAGAAAACGCAGGUGAUGAUCCCAACUGAAGUGCAACCGUCGGCAAUAUAUAUAUUUUCUGUUCACGUUGUCAUGGACACAAACUGAUGUAUCUUUAUACAAAUUAAGUAAACCCGUAUAGUGUGAUACAGUGUAUACUUCAUGAACUAGUAUCUACAGCUGAUAUAUCCUCAAUGUUAGUGCAUGGAUUGAAAUAAGAGAAAACAAUGCUUAGAUGCGGUGAUUACUUGAAGUCAAACGCCAAACUCCAAGUGUUCCAUUAAUAAAUUGUCAUACAUCCUGUUUUGUAUGUAUAACAUUUUAAAAUCAUCUUGCUGACUAUGCACUGGAAUAAAAUGUUAUAUUGCCAA